AUGAUGAAUAAUUUUCUCAUUGCUAUUUUUUUAUGUCUAUUUAUUUGUUCGAUUAAAUCAGAGUGGUUGGCAAUCGAUGAUUCUUUAAUUACUACGUGGAAUGAAACAAAUGCAGAUCGCUCACGCACAUUGACAACAUUUCAAGUGACCAAUUAUCCUCCGAAGUAUAUUAAACCGUUAAGAAAUCGUAUUGACACUUACACAUAUGAUCGAGUGAAUAAUAAUGUCUACUUCAUUAUGGAACAAAACUUGUAUGGUAUAUCAAAAUUUUUUAAAUAUAAUUCAAAAUCGAAUCAGGUUUAUCAAACCGAGCAAGUUCAACACUUUAUGAUCGAUCAAAUCCAGUAUAAUGAUGUCAGUAAUAAAUUAUAUGCGACUAUACAGAACAACAGUAAUUCACAGUUUUUGGUAGAAAUUAAUAUAAAAACGCUGGAAGUUAAAAGACAAAUAAUUCCUCUCGUUAAUAUUGGUUUUCCAAUGCCUGGAAGUUAUUUUGAUUCCGAGACACAAUUGUUUACUUAUCAUGCAUAUAAUCCUAAGCAAGAUCAUACAGUACUUAAUACUUUGAAUUUAUCGAAUAAUGCAAGUAAAAUUAUAGUUGAAUCAAAAAAAUUUGAUUUUAAUGUCUACGGUUUUGGUUAUAUUAAAUCAUACGGUUUAGUUGCAUUGUGGCAGUAUAGUAUAAUAACGCCGAUGGUCUGUAUCAAAUUAAACGAACGAAGUGGAAAACAAAUACGAAAUGUCACAAUAACACCUGAUGGUAUUAGAAUUGCUGAAGGCUAUAAACCAUUUUCUAUGGAUUUUGAGAAUAGACUGUUUUACGUUUUAUCAUUGACUGAUGAUUUAUCGACAACGUAUAUUUCAAAAAUUAACAUUGAUACACUGCAGUUGAAACUAACCACAAUUCAAGGACAAAAAAUAAAAGAUUAUAUAUUUUUAAAGAAAAUCUAA